GUGUUUAUGACUUUUUACUCUGUCCCUCAUCUCCUCCUCAUCUCUUCCUCAUCUCUUCUUCAUCUCUUCCUCGAUACAUCAGUGUCCUGCUCUGCUGCCAACAUGAGGAACCUGAUCUCUGUGGCUGUGAUCCUUCAUGUAGCGUUCACAGCAGCAGGCCUACAACUCGGCGGAAAAGAAGUGGAGUUUGGAGACAUGAUUGCUUAUAAACCUGAGUUUGGAUGGGAUACUACUGAUUAUCAGCAUUAUGCUACUUUUGUGGGGGACGGAUAUCCUGGAGGAAACACAUUUGAACGCCAAGACGUAGAGCCAUCCUGCGUUUUCUCGCCAAUCAAUAUGUCUAGAAAUCCUCAUGUUUUCAAUUUCCUCGACGGAUAUGUGGAUAAAAAGGGAAAGGUGUACACCAAAGGCAAUGAAACUGAAAUGAAGGCCCGCAUCGAAGAGACACGUGCCGACUGUGGAUUGUAUGAUGCUGUCUGCAACAAUUGUGAACACCUUGCUACCUAUGUGCGUUACGGAGAGAAGAUAUCAAUACAGUUCAACAUGACUGGUGGACGGCUCCUCUGCAAACUACGCCCAGAGUGUGAACACAUGUGGAAUUACGUGGAGAAAACGAAUGAGUCACAAUAUAACGCCGCCUCCUCAGUCAACCCAGUCGGAUUGACUUCUGUCUUAUUGCUCUUUUCUUAUGUGAUAUGAGUUUUUGAACAAAAAAACUGAGCAAGUACUCUGGGUCUAGUACUGCUUCUGUUGAUAAGGUAUGGAUAUGAGAAGUACCUUUGUUGCUUCAAAUAAAUGAGCAGGAUAUUUCAGCACUGAGUGUCCACCAGAAUCAUUACAGUUAUACAUCAAAGAUACAUAUACAACGUGGUAAAUAUUAAAUAAAUACUUGAUAUGGUCUGAUUUAAAGUAAAUUACAGCAUAAAGUACUGUGUGCAUUAGUGCGUGGAUAUCAUGUAACAGGUGGUGUCGUACAAUUGGUCCAGGUGGAAGGUGAAGGUGGGCGUGGACUCGAUCAGGCUCCACCCCCUCCAAAUAUGGUUACUCUUGAUUUCAAAAAUCGACCAGCUUCUGCUUUAGACCUGGUAGAGUCAAAGUUCAGGUCUGAUAGAUUUCAAAGUGACAUUUCUCUUUUAUUUUUUGGCUCAACUCUCCCUUUAAGGACAGAGUAUCUGAAUCUGCAUCUGCUUAUUGUCAGUGGUUGUUUUUUGUAAUAAAAUAAAAUAAAAUGUUGUUCUUCUCAUUA